AUGACCACAGCCCAGGCACCCGCCCCGUCCAGCACCCAGCACCUGGCCGAGGGAGGGACGGGCGAAGGGACAGUGUUCAGCCACCACGGCGGCCCUCGACAGGGCGGCUGGAGCGUUUCCGGUCACACUCUGGCGUCCCCGCCCGGGGACCCACACCCACCACGCCGGCCACAGGCCGCCACCGCACAGAGCGGGGGACGGCCUCAGAGCCCGGAUCUGCUGGCAGAGUUCCUGAAAACGGCCCCCACCCCUGCCCCACCUGCCAGGGGCCAAGACCCCAGCAGCGGCGCCCAUCGCGGCGGCCCCCCCUCCCCCCCCCAGGACCCCAGCAGGCGUCGGGCCCAUCGCGGCGGCCCGCCCUGCUCCCCUCCCCCAGACCCCGCAGCAGCGGCGCCCAUCCGCGGCGGCCGCCCCUCUCCCCCCCAGGACCCCGAUCAGCGGCCGCCCAUCUGCUGGCGGCCGCCCCUCUCCCCCCCGUACCCCAGCAGCGCGCCCAUCGCGGCGGCCGCCCCUCUCCCCCCAGGACCCCAGCAGCGGCGCCCAUUCGCUGGCGUCCUAGGCCCCUCUCCCCCCCAGGACCCCAGCAGCGGCGCCCAUCGCGGCGGCCGCCCCUCUCCCCCCAGACCCCAGUCAGCGGCGCCCUCGCGGCGGCCUGCACCCUCUCCCCCCAGGGAAACCCCCAAGCAGGGCGUCCCAUACGCGGCGGCCGCCCCUCUCCCCCCCAGGACCCCAGGCAGCGGCGCCCAUGACGCGGGCCGGGGGCCCCCCGCCCCUCUCCCCCCAGGACCCAGCAGCGGCGCCCAUCGCGCGGCCCCCCCUUCCCCCAGGACCCAGCAGCUGCGGCCCAUUCGCGGCGGUGCCCCCCCUCUCACCCCCAGGACCCCAGCAGCGGCGCCCACGGCGGCGGCCCCCCCCCCCCCCCCCCAGGACCCCAGCAGCGGCGCCCAUCGCGGCGGCCCCCCCUCUCCCCCCCAGGACCCCAGCAGCGGCGCCCAUCGCGGCGGCCCCCCCUCUCCCCCCCAGGACCCCAGCAGCGGCGCCCAUCGCGGCGGCCCCCCCCCCCCCCCCCAGGACCCCAGCAGCGGCGCCCAUCGCGGCGGCCGCCCCUCUCCCCCCCCCGGACCCCAGCAGCGGCGCCCAUCGCGGCGGCCCCCCCUCUCCCCCCCCGGACCCCAGCAGCGGCGCCCAUCGCGGCGGCCCCCCCUCUCCCCCCCAGGACCCCAGCAGCGGCGCCCAUCGCGGCGGCCGCCCCUCUCCCCCCCAGGACCCCAGCAGCGGCGCCCAUCGCGGCGGCCCCCCCCUCCCCCCCCCAGGACCCCAGCAGCGGCGCCCAUCGCGGCGGCCCCCCCUCCCCCCAGGACCCCAGCAGCGGCGCCCAUCGCGGCGGCCCCCCCCUCCCCCCAGGACCCCAGCAGCGGCGCCCAUCGCGGCGGCCCCCCCUCUCCCCCCCAGGACCCCAGCAGCGGCGCCCAUCGCGGCGGCCCCCCCUCACCCCCCCAGGACCCAGCAGCGGCGCCAUCGCGGCGGCCCCCCUCUCCCCCCCAGGACCCCAGCAGCGGCGCCCAUCGCGGCGGCCCCCCCUCUCCCCCCCAGGACCCCAGCAGCGGCGCCCAUCGCGGCGGCCCCCCCUCUCCCCCCCAGGACCCCAGCAGCGGCGCCCAUCGCGGCGGCCCCCCCUCUCCCCCCAGGACCCCAGCAGCGGCGCCCAUCGCGGCGGCCCCCCCCUCCCCCCCCAGGACCCCAGCAGCGGCGCCCAUCGCGGCGGCCGCCCCGCAGACUACUCGGCCCCUCACACACGGAGCUCAGAUCCCAUUACUCCGGAUCAAAACCUUCCAACAACGGCCCGCUGUGCUCACAAAUAAAACCCAGAGUCUCCACUCUGCUCGAGUGCCCUGGGAGCUGUCGCCUGCCCCCGACUUAAGCCGGCGAGUCUGA